AUGCAUCUCCCAGAAACUCAGAGACGCUUUAUGGACAGUGUGCAGGAUGCACUCCGCAAGUAUGAUGCACAGCUCAAGGAAAUCAAUCACAAGAUCUGGUCCAACCCAGAGCUGGCAUACGCUGAGCACAGUGCCCAUGACCUUAUUUGUGAGCUAUUUGAAUGUCUGAAGUCGGAUGGGUACCAGGUUCGUCGGCAUGCCUAUGGACUGGAGACAGCUUUAGAGGUUGAAUAUACCCAUGGCAGCGGUGGACGUGUCAUCGCGUUUAAUGCGGAAUAUGAUGCCCUCCCAGGCAUCGGGCAUGCCUGCGGCCACAACCUGAUUGCGACUAGCUCAAUCGCAGCCUUCAUUGCAACUUGUGAGGCAAUGAAGGCAAAGAUCGAGUCCUCUGGCGUAUCAGGAUUUACUGUACGUCUGCUUGGCACUCCAGCUGAAGAGUCUGGUGGUGGAAAAGUCCGUAUGCUGGACAACGGGGCCUACAAGAAUGUAGACGCAUGCCUCAUGGUCCAUCCCGUUCCAAUGGCGCCGGGCAACCCGGAUCUUUUCAGCAUGGCUACUGUGAUAGAAGGUGGAUUCCUUGCCAAUGACAAAGUUAAGGCGACAUUCACGGGCAAGCCUGCACAUGCAGCUGCCGCUCCUUGGGAAGGUAUCAAUGCACUGGAUGCCGUGGUAGCCGCAUAUGUCAACAUAUCUCUUCUUCGACAACAAAUCCUGCCAACGCAGAAAAUACAUGGUGUUAUUGUCAAUGGCGGCGAUCGACCAAACAUUAUUCCUAUGUCCGCCACAGUGGAUUAUUAUAUCCGAUCGCCAACCUUGAAGUCCUUGAAGCCUCUGACAGAAAAGGUGCUCAAAUGCUUUGAAGCGGCUGCUACAGCGACAGGGUGUAAGCUUGAACUCGACUGGGGUAUUUCGUAUAAUGACCUGAAGACGAAUCUCCCUAUCUGCGAGAGCUAUGUGUCGGCAAUGCGAGCAAUGGGUCACCAUACUUUGCUUGAUAAUUCCGGACAAAAGAGCGCGCUAGCUGGAGCGUCGACCGACAUGGGCAAUGUAUCCUACGCUGUGCCAGGCUUCCAUGGGAUUUUCACCAUUCCUACCGAAGGAGUCAAUCACACACCUCAGUUUACUAGCGGGGCUGGAUCACCUGAGGGGUUUCAGCGAUGCAUUUCCUGCGCUGCGGGUAUGGCCAUUGUUGCCUGUCAGUUCCUGGUUGAUGAUCACUUUGCCGAGGAAGUCAAAAAAGAUUUCCAGAAGCAGUAA